CGGCAAUUUAGAAAUCCUGGCCAGGAUAUUUUCAAAGAGGACGUAUGAUCAACUUAAAUUACAUUUGUUUUGAGAUGCCAGUUCACCCGCGUGAUAGAAAAGAGAAUAACCACGAAGAAAUGGACGUGGACUAUCCCGAGCAAGAGGCCAGCAGCUCCGAAGAAGAGGACUCCGUGAGCUCGAGCGUGUCUGAGGAUGGGGACACUUCAGACAUGGAUGAUGAAGACUGUGAAAGAAGGCGAAUGGAGUGUUUAGACGAGAUGACAAAUCUUGAGAAGCAGUUCACAGACCUGAAGGAUCAUUUGUAUAAGGAGAGGCUGACUCAGGUGGAUCUUAAAUUGCAAGAAGUGAUUGCUGGCAGUGCUCUGGAAUACCUCGAACCCCUGGCCACCCUGCAGGAGAACAUGCAGAUCCGAACCAAAGUCGCAGGGAUCUAUCGUGAGCUCUGCUUGGAAUCUGUUAGAAACAAAUACGACUGUGAGAUGCAAGCAGCCAGCCAGCAUUGGGAGGAGAGAAUAGAGAUGCAUGACGGCACUUAUGUGGCCUCAGAUGGUUUGACUUUGAGCAACUGUGACUGA